AUGGCAAACCUGGCAUCAACCUACCGGAAUCAGGGACGAUGGAAUGAAGCUGAGAAGCUGGAGGUGCAAGUUAUGGAGACAAGGAAAACAGUGCUGGGAGCUAAGCAUCCUGACACUCUGACCAGCAUGGCAAACCUGGCAUCAACCUACCGGAAUCAGGGACGAUGGAAUGAAGCUGAGAAGCUGGAGGUGCAAGUUAUGGAGACAAGCAACACAGUGCUGGGAGCUAAGCAUCCUGACACUCUGACCAGCAUGGCGAACCUGGCAUCAACCUACCGGAAUCAGGGACGAUGGAAUGAAGCUGAGAAGCUGGAGGUGCAAGUCAUGGAGACAAGCAAGACAGUGCUGGGAGCUGAGCACCCUGCCACUCUGACCAACAUGGCGAACCUGGCAUCAACCUACCGGAAUCAGGGACGAUGGAAUGAAGCUGAGAAGCUGGAGGUGCAAGUCAUGGAGACAAGCAAGACAGGGCUGGGAGCUGAGCAUCCUGACACUCUGACCAGCAUGGCGAACCUGGCAUCAACCUUUUGGAAUCAGGGACGAUGGAAUGAAGCUGAGAAGCUGGAGGUAAAAGUCAUGGAGACAAGCAAGACAGUGCUGGGAGCUAAGCAUCCUGACACUCUGACCAGCAUGGCAAACCUGGCAUCAACCUACCGGAAUCAGGGACGAUGGAAUGAAGCUGAGAAGCUGGAGGUGCAAGUCAUGGAGACAAGGAAGACAGUACUGGGAGCUGAGCAUCCCUCUACUCUGACCAGCAUGGCGAACCUGGCAUCAACCUUUUGGGAUCAGGGACGAUGGAAUGAAGCUGAGAAGCUGGCGGUACAAGUCAUGGAGACAAGGAAGACAGUGCUGGGAGCUGAGCAUCCUGCCACUCUAACCAGCAUGGCAAACCUGGCAUCAACCUACCGGAAGCAGGGACGAUGGAAUGAAGCUGAGAAGCUGGAGGUGCAAGUUAUGGAGACAAGCAAGACAGUGCUGGGAGCUAAGCAUCCUGACACUCUGACCAGCAUGGCGAACCUGGCAUCAACCUACCGGAAUCAGGGACGAUGGAAUGAAGCUGAGAAGCUGGAGGUGCAAGUCAUGGAGACAAGGAAGACAGUACUGGGAGCUGAGCAUCCUGACACUCUGACCAGCAUGAAUAACCUCGCCUAUACCUUUUGGGAUCAGGGACGAUGGAAUGAAGCUGAGAAGCUGGAGCAUGGCGAACCUGGCAUCAACCUUUGGAAUCAGGGACGAUGGAAUAAAGCUGAGAAGCUGGAGGUGCAAGUCAUGGAGACAAGCAAGACAGUGCUGGGAGCUGAGCAUCCUGACACUCUGACCAGCAUGGCGAACCUGGCAUCAACCUGGAAUCAGGGACGAUGGAAUAAGCUGAGAAGCUGGGGUCAACAUGAAUAA